GGUGAUGAGUCCGCGCGGCACUUGGACGCCUUCAAGGCCCACCUCUAUGGUCUCGGGGCCCAGAACAAUCCUGCUGCUCUUCGGUCGUCGCUUGAGUCCGCUUACACGGCCCUGGAGUCCAAGUUCAGCGGGGUGUUGCGGCCCAACCCUGGAGUAUCCUCAGGACCUGUCGAAUCCGAUGCGGAGGACACCAUUGGAGCACCGAACAUGCCUGAUCAGCCCAUGCAUGUGGAUAAGGAGGACUGGGGGCAGGCGGUGGCGUCGGUCGCGGGGCUGUCUGAGUCGCACAAGCGCGAGCUCUUCCCGGCCGUUCGAGCCCAGGGCAAGAAGGCCAG